AUGAGUCCCUCCCACUUUCCGGGGCUCAAGCCCACCAAGUCCGCCGAAACGGCCAGGAUAGAUCUGUCCGAGAUUCAGAAAGAUGAACUUCUGGCUCUCGAAGCGAUCUACGCUGAUGACUUCGUGGACCAUACCGGCGAACAGAGUGCGUGGAAGAAAACGGAGCCUACCUUUGAUAUCCACAUCAGGUCAACAAUUGAUGAAGACUUCUCACUUACAGUGAGAUUUGUUAUGAAUGCGUCCUAUCCCAAGUCGCCACCUAUAAUCAGCCCACGGAAUCAUGGACACCUCCGCGAGGUCAUCAGGUUCAAGCUUCAAAAGUUCCUCGAAACCCAGCCCAAGAUCCUUGCUGAAGAUGGCGAAGCCAUGAUUAUGCAGAUUGUGGAUGGCGUCCGUGAGAUUCUCGAUGACGCCGCCCAGAAGAAGGCUGAUGGUAGGGACCUGCCGUCUCUGGAGGUUGAGCGUGAACGCCACGAGGCUCAACUAGCCACUGCAGCGAAGGAGAGGAAGGAGCAGGAACAACGCGAAAGGGACGAGCAGAACAAAGAAGAGGAGCGCGUAAUGGCUGCAAUGCUGCAAAAGGAGAUUGACCGGAAAGCGCAAACUGCAAAGGAGUUCAGGUUGGGACGCCAGUCUAAUGGACACUCCCAAGGGCCAUCCGACAACAGCCCCUCGGCCUCAGAAACUCUCGAAUUCGACCAGUACUGCCAUACCACGGACAAGAAAGGCGAUCCCAUAUCGUUCCUCGCCGUCACCGACAAGGAUGACCCUAUACCGGGCCCAGUCUCUAUCAUAUACAGUGUGCGACCUGUCUUUACGCAAGGGCCAGGACGACACGUGAUGGCCUUGAAAGAGGCUGUUCUCCGCCCGAACGUGAGCAAGGAGUCGAAAGACUUCAAGAAGCAGCUCCAGACGCUCGAGUCGCGAUUGCAGGAUCUGAAGCAGGGCAAGGUGAGGCAUGCGCACCUCGUUGAGGUUUUGGAUUUCAAAGUCGAGAGCAGCACCACCGUUGACUCUCUACCCUCUCUUUCGUGGAGGGUCAGCGUCUUGACGCCUCUGGCUGACAAAGGUUCUUUGGAAGAAUAUCUGGCCGAUUCACCAGGCAUUGAGCUUGGCAAGGUGCGGUCCUGGACCAGGGAUUUGCUAGAUGCCUUGAAUUUCCUGCACAACAAGAACAUCGUCCACGGUGAUAUUCACUCGGGCAACGUCUUGCUCUUCCGUGGCCCUACGGGCACGAUCCCGAAACUUUCAGACGCAGGAUAUCAGCGAGAGAUACACAACAUGGCAGUCAAGCGUGGCAUGCCCAUCCUGGAAUCUUCCAAGUCCGCGUAUUGGCUGGCCCCUGAGAUAGCCGGAGUGUCGAAACCGCCGUACACAUACAAGACAGACGUAUGGGACUUUGGCAUUGUAUUUGUGGAGCUUAUCUUCGGAUCGAAUAUCCUGCGGCAAUACUCCUCGCCGAGAAAUCUCAUGGACUCUCUGCCACUUUCACGGUCUUUGCAAGAGCUCGUUGGUCGCUUUUUCAAAGAAGAGAAGCAGAAAAGGCCACGCCCAUUCGAAUUGGGAUCCAAAGACUUCAUCGAGGAGGGCCGGCUAGGCAAAGGCGGGUUUGGAGAAGUUGUCAAGGCUCGGCAGAAGCUUGACGGCCAUAUCUACGCAAUCAAGAAGAUCACCCAGCGAUCCCAACAUAGCCUCACAGAGGUUUUGAAAGAAGUCAGACUUCUUUCUCGGCUCAGUCACCCGGCUGUUGUCCGUUACUACAGCACGUGGGUCGAGGAAGUUGCUGUAGAUGCUGGAAGUAGUGAUACCGCUACCCUCACAUCGACAGAAGGUGUCACGGGAGACACAGGAAUCUCAGGCUCUCAAGCUGCCGAGUCUGGCGAUGUUGAUAUGCAAUUUCAUACCAGCACCGGCGGCUUGGAUUUCAUCUCGUCUAAUGCAGGAGUACAGUUCGGCUAUGAUGAUGAUGAGUCGGAGGAAGAAGAGGGUGAUGACUACUUUAACUCAGACGAUGAUGACGAAGAUGACGACGGCGAAAGCACCGAGGAGGAAAACGACUCAGACGAGCGUGCUGUCUCGCCGUUGCGGGAGCGGGGAACCAGGCGCUCCUCGCGUUUCCAGCGCCCUUUCAAGACUGUCCUCUACAUCUCGAUGGAAUAUUGCGAGAAGCGGACACUGCGCGACUUGAUCAACCGUAAUUUGUACAAGGACAACCAAGAAGUCUGGCGGCUGUUCAGGCAGACCUUGGAAGGGCUGGCGCACAUUCACGGCUUGAGCAUUGUCCAUCGUGAUCUGAAGCCUGAAAAUGUCUUCAUCAGUAAUUCUGACGGGUCAGAUAAUGUCAAGAUCGGCGACUUUGGACUGGCGACCAGUGGGCAGUUUUCCGUGGAUAGGGUCCUCGCGAACGGGUUUGAAACAGAUGACAUGACGAAGAGCAUCGGCACGGCUUCGUAUUCAGCGCCCGAGGUCAGGUCAGCUGUGAACGGGAUGUACAGCACCAAAGUCGACAUGUACUCUCUUGGCAUCAUCUUCUUCGAGAUGUGCUACAUUCCCAUGGUAGGCAUGCACAAGGCCGAUGUCAUUGGGCGGCUGCGCCGUGCUGAGCCUGCUCUGCCAUCCGACUUCCAAUCUCCCGAUAAAAACCAAGUUGAUAUUGUCCUAUCCCUCCUCUGCCACAAUCCGAAGGACCGACCAUCCAGCUCUGCCCUGUUGAAAAGUGGCAAACUGCCAGAGCCAAUGCAGAGCGAGACAAUAUCACGGGCCAUGGCCAGCUUAGCUGAUCCCAACUCUCCCUACGAUGGCCAAAUCCGGUCGGCGCUCUUUGCUCGUCCACUUGAGAAGACAAAAAACUACGCGUGGGACUUGAACUCGGUGGAGCUGACGCCCCAGGAGCUGUUAAACCAGCACAUCGUGGAGCAAAGACUGACGUCCAUCUUCCGUCGUCAUGGCGCUUUGCCUUCUCGACGAAGUUCCAUCUUCCCACGCUCGACGCACUAUGGCGAUAAUGCCGUUCAGCUGCUCGAUCGACACGGCACAGUGCUACAGCUCCCGUUCGACCUGACCAUGAGCCAUGCCCGGAUGAUGGCCAAGUCGACAAGCACCUUGCCUGUACAGAAGACAUUUUGUUUUGGCACGGUGUAUCGCGACAGGCAGGACAGUGGCCAGCCUCUGGAGUUCAACGCCGUUGACUUUGACAUUGUGACGUCGAAUACCUUGCAUCUUGCAUCGCAUGAGGCGGAGGUGCUGAAAGUCCUCGACGAAAUUAUUCACAUAUUUCCGGCCCUGAACCCAGCGCAGAUGUGCUUCCAGGUCGGGCAUUCCGAUCUGCUCAGGCUCAUCUUUGAGCACUGUGGCGUGGAGCCCCUUUGCUACAAGGCAGCGGCUGAACAGUUGUCCAAACUUAAUGUCCACGGGGUGACUUGGCAGAAAAUUAGCGCCGAGCUGCGGUCGCCAGCAGUUGGGGUCUCGGCAACGAGUGUGGACGAGCUGCAGCGCUUCGACUUCAGGGACACUCCGAAGCAGACCUUUGCGAAGCUCAAGACACUCUUCGAGGGCACUGACAUGUUUCAACGUGCAUCGUCUGUCAUUGCUCACCUCAAAGAAGUUGUCGAAUACACGAGGCGUCUCAACAUUGGUGUCCGACUGUAUAUCAGCCCCUUGAGCAGUUUCAAGGAGGACUUUUACACAGGCGGCAUAUUGUUCAGCUGCAUUUACGACCGCAAGAAGAAGGAUGUCUUUGCUGCUGGUGGGCGCUACGACAAUUUAAUCCGGGAGCAGCGCCCCAAGAUUGGGGGCCAACUGCAGGAGAAACACGCGGUUGGCUUCAGUCUGUCUUGGGACAGACUGUGCAAAGUCCCCAAGGCAGGCAAGGCGUUCCUCAAGAAGGGCGAAGAAGAAGCUUUGGGUAUGUUCGACGCCAACCGAUGCGACGCGCUCGUUGCAAGCUUCAAUGCAACAGUCCGCAACUCCAUGGGGUACGACAUUUUGCAGGUCCUGUGGCAGAACGAUAUCAGUGCCGAGCUGGCACAGGAUGCUCGGUCGCCGGAGGACCUAAUGGCGAAACACCGCGAUGAUUCAUAUUCGUGGAUCAUCAUCGUCAAGCAGGACUCGAUGCUCAAGAUCAAGAGCCUACGUCGAAAGGACGUGCCUGAUGCCGACGUGCCCGCACCGCAAUUGCUGUCCUGGCUGAGAGCAGACAUGCGAGAGCGGGAUCCCAGGGGUGCCAGUAAGAUCAAGGCACACACUCCGCACUCGGCAGCAGACAUGGGUUUCGGCGAAGGCAAGCGUGAAAGCGAAGUGCUUGUGCUGGCGGCCCAGACCAAGAGCAAGAAGUUCAACCGACGCACCGUCGUCGAGCAGGCGCAAUCCGAGGUGGUAACGCUCAUGGGCUCCUAUACGGAUGGGCCGAUUCUGGCCGUCGAGGGCAUCUCCGAUGCUGUGUUGGACGCCAUUCGCGCCGCGCCGCUCUCGAGCCCGGAUAAGUGGCGGCGAUUGAGUGAAUCGGUGGGCGGCGUGGAGAGGCACUAUGUGGGCAACAUUCGGGAGCAAUUGUCCAACUGGAGAGCGAGAUUCGAGACGGGCGGCUCGCAGCUUUGCUUCUUGUACAAUUUCCGGACGAGCCACUGCGUGUUCUAUGAUUUGGGAGCGUGA